AUGUCAUAUGAUAUUGGUGGAGAUAAUGUUUCAAAUGAAGAUGGGGUAGGCUUUCAAGAGACAGAGUUUGAUGUUGGUGAAGCUCCUAGUGUCUUUGAAACUGAGGUUGGAAGUAACAAUCCCGAGGCUCAAUCUAAUGAGAAUGUGAUUGGAAGUAAUAAUGAAAUAAAAGUUGAAUCCAACAAUAGAAAUAGUAGUCCAGCCUCUGAAGUUGGUACCAAGAGAAGCAUUAUUGGUAAUAAAACUGAGGAUGGUGAGUAUGAAGGUAUUGAAGUCGAUCCUAACUAUCAAUCUGGAAAUGAAGAACUACAUAGUGCAAGGGAAAGAGUCAAAAAUUUUUUUUCAGAUAGAGGUUCAACUGAUGAUAAAGAUAGCAUUGGCGAUGAAGAGGAGGGUGAAGAGCAAAAUGAGGAUGAGGGUGAAGAGCAAAAUGUAGAUGAGGGUGAAGCAGCAGAUGAUAGGCAUGUUAGUGAAGUUUCAGCUAAUGAAUGGUGGCAAGGGAAUGUGGGUGAGGGAGACGAUUCUAACGAUGAAGGUGAGGUAGAAGAGCUGUUAGGAGAUGAGGGACAUAGGAACUUGAGAAGGAAACCAAAAAAGAGGGUGGAAUAUAAUCCAAAUUGCCAAUUUCCUGCUUUUGCUGUUAGAAUGGUGUUCAAGAAUGCUACAUAG